AUGAGCGCUAGCGCGCGAUGGUUCACCGCCUUUCGCGCCGCGGCCGCGCUCGUCCUGGCCGUUCUCGUCGUCGUAUCCGCGCACCGCUGGCGCGCCGAGCGGCAAUCGUUCGAUGACGGCGACUCGGUCGAGCCGAGCUCGCGAACGCAGAUUACUUCAACCGUCUUCGUAGCCAAACCAGAGCUCGUCUGGCGCGCCCCGGUCGCGCUCGACGUCGCCGAACAGAGCAUUCACGAGUCGUCGAACGCGCGCGAUGACGCCGGCGCGACGAGCGCGGAUGGAUCGGUGGAGACGGCGCGAGAGUUGGAGACGGCGUCGGCGAGCGUCGGCGAGCGGGACGCGACGGCGGCGACGACGACUUCGAACGCGACGACGACGGCGACGGCGACGGCGAAGAGCGAUGAGCCGUGCGCGCUGCACUUAUUUAGACACGUCAGUAAAACGGGUGGGACGACGGUGCGGUUUUGGUUCGAAAGGCAGACGGUGCUCGGUGAGUGGGAGUAUCCGAUACCGUACGGCGCUUCGCGGGAAGAGUGGGAGGCGCUGAAGACGGCGUGGACGGACGCGGCGAGAGCGUACGUGAAUGGCACGCGUGCAGUGCCACCGAGAACGCUCGUGGAGGUGAGAGGGCACUAUCCAAAUAGUUGGAACGCGCAGAACUUCGCGAAUGUGGUGUUUGAGGAUGUGUUGGCGAUGAAGGAAGAGUUUGCGGAUUCGUGUUCGGUGACGACGUCCUACUUGGUGCGGAAACCCGUUGAUCAGUACGCGAGUUACUACGCAUAUUACGUGCACGAUGGCAUGGAGGAAGAAAUAAAGAAAGAACAAGCGGGGGAGUCAACGAAGAACGUGUGGGGGCGUAGCUUGCACGAGUGGGCGGCGACGAAACAGGAUAUGCAAACGCGCGAGCUGUUGUGGGAGGAGUGCGUCCAUCACUUGCGCGCGCCGACGUAUGAGAAAAACGAUAAGUGGACGAAAGACUGCAUCACGGUGAGCGAUGAAAAGUGGGCGCGGGUCGAGGCGCUCGUGGGGCAGUUUGAUGUUGUCGGGACUACCGAACGUUUCAACGAAUUUCUGCACGUCGUAGGGAAAAUAGCUGGCGUGCGGGAUUUGCGGUACGUCUUCUCCAACACCGGCACUAACGUGGAUAAGGUAGACAAAGAAGCGCUCGAAGUGACCAUCAAGAAUGUCACCACUCGCGACGCCGCGCUGUACGCCUACGCCGACGCCGCGCUGAACGCAGCCAUCGAGCACCACUUCGGUUCGCUCCAGACCUUUCGCCGCGUCGUCGAUUCGUACGAAGCCGCCACCGUCAAACACGGCACUCGCCACUACAUCGGAGGCAAGCCCGAUUUCACUCCGAAAUACAAAUGGGUCAAAGCCGAAGAUGCGAAACUUCAAGACGUGCCGACCGUGCAGUUACCCAUGUGGGUCAUGCCCGACGGCGGAGGUCAAGCGAAGGCUUACAUGGUUCAAGAGAAAGUCGUGCUCGUGGAGAGAGAAAAAGCGAAAGCCAUAAGAACUUGCAUCAAAGGGUGCAGCUUCGACUGA